AUGGAGGAGGCCAUCUCCAAGUCUGUUGAUACAUGCUCCGGUGAAGUACAGAGGCUCUCGGCUGUGGAGGAAAGAGGACAACUAUUGAGUGAAUUUGACUUCGCGUCUUGCGAGAUGGUGCUCAUAUCCGUUGAUGAAGAGGAAAACGAGGCUUGCAAUGAAGCCGUGUUGCGACGAUCAAGACUAAGGAAGAAUACGGGGAAUCGUCUGUUGGCAGUUGGUGCGCCGAGCGAGGCUCGAUCAGAGUACAUGAAGGCUCUUAGCACGCUGAGGUUGAUGCAGAGACCUCCUUUGGAGGAACCAUCUGAUGAGGAGAAGGCUCUGGAGCUCGCUGUUGUCCUCAAUCUCGCCCUCCUUUGUUUGAAGCAGGCAGACUAUUCCGAGGGUCAACUAUUCGCGACGCGGGCGAGAGAAAUCGAUCCAGACAACAUCAAGGCUAGAUACCGAUUGGCGUUGGCGUUAGUGGAACAGCAUAAACAGACGGAUGAGGCAGUGGGCAUCCUCAAGGUGAUGAUCGAUGGUAGGUUCUCUUAUCACGCCUGA